UCCACUCUCCCAAUCUCCGCUUUGCUCUCUCACUUCCCAGAUCUUAUACUGUUCCUCCCUCACCCGCGGUUCAUCGUACCGCCUCCUCUUCCCUUCUCUCUAAACCCUAGCUCCCCUCUUCUUCUCCGGCGCCGAUGGCCUCGCCGGCGGGGAACCCUAACAACCCCGCCCCAUUCGACGUCAACAAGCUCUUCAAACCUCCCACAAACCCUAGCCCUAAUCCCACCGCCGCUUCCUCUCCGUUCGCUCCGCCUCCUAUGUCGUAUAACUCGCCGGCGACGGUGUACCCGCCGCCGCCACACGGCGCCUUCUCCUAUCCUCCGCCGACCCCGCCGUUCCACAAUCAUCCGUUCCUUCACUACGCUCAGGAUCCCCUUCCCCGCCCUAACCUCCCUUUUGCCCCUCCCGCAAACCCUAAUACUAACCCUAACCAGAAUUCCGGCGCCCGCAUCAUGGCCCUCCUUGUUUCCUCUCCUCCGCUGGAGUCUGCGGUCUCGAUGCCUCUUGCUCCGCCGUCAGAACCCCCGAUCCUACAUGCUAUACCGUCUGCGCCUCCGGCUGUGACGGCGGUCGCGCAGCCACCGCCAGCACGGAAACCUAGCAGCAAAAUGCCGCGCGGACGGCAUCUGGGGGGAAGGGAUCGGGCUGUGUACGAUGUGGACUCGAGAUUGCCGGGGGAGUCACAGCCGCCGCAGCUCGAGGUCACUCCGAUCACCAAGUAUGCUUCUGAUCCUGGGCUUGUUCUUGGGCGGCAGAUCGCCGUCAAUCGAACGUAUAUCUGUUAUGGGCUUAAGCUGGGGGCGAUCCGUGUGCUGAACAUCAACACCGCUCUCAGAUCUCUUCUCCGGGGUCACACUCAGAGAGUGACAGAUAUGGCCUUCUUUGCCGAAGAUGUCCACUUUUUGGCUAGUGCAAGUGUCGAUGGAAGGGUUUUCGUGUGGAAGAUCAAUGAGGGCCCUGACGAUGAAGAUAAGCCUUUGAUAACAGGGAAAAUCAUUAUUGCUCUACAAAUAGUAGGAGAUGAAGAAUCAUACCAUCCACGCAUCUGCUGGCAUUCCCAUAAGCAAGAAAUAUUGAUCAUUGGAAUUGGCAAUUCUGUGUUAAAAAUAGACACAACGAAAGUUGGAAGAGGCAAAGAAUUUUCUGCUGAGGAACCUCUUCGGUGUCCUAUGGACAAGCUAAUUGAUGGAGUGCAACUUAUUGGGAAACAUGAUGGGGAAGUCACUGAUUUAUCUAUAUCGCAAUGGAUGAUGACUCGUUUAGUGUCAGCCUCAAAAGAUGGCACGGUAAAGAUUUGGGAUGACCGCAGAAUGAUGCCACUUGUGACCCUGAGACCACAUGAUGGUCAACCUGUCAACUGCGUUGCAUUUUUGACAGCUUCUCAUCGCCCUGAUCACAUUGUUUUGAUCACAGCGGGUCCUCUGAAUCGAGAAGUGAAGAUAUGGGCCUCAACAGGAGAAGAAGGUUGGCUAUUGUCCAGUGAUUCAGAAUCAUGGCAUUGCAUUCAGACGUUGGAAUUAAGAAGUUCAUCUGAACCACGGCUUGAAGAGGCAUUUUUCAACCAAGUUGUUGUGCUGCCUCAUUCAAACCUUUUGUUACUUGCUAAUGCUAAGAAAAAUGCAAUAUAUGCAGUGCAUAUAGACUACGGUCCAUGUCCUGCUGCCACACGGAUGGACUAUAUUGCAGAUUUUACUGUUGCAAUGCCUAUUUUGAGUCUAACAGGCACACGAGACUUCUUCUCUGAUGUGGAACAAAUGGUUCAGGUCUACUGUGUCCAAACACAGGCCAUUCAACAAUAUGCAUUGGACUUGUCUCAGUGCUUGCCACCAACCAUAGACAAUAUGGGAUUGGGAAAGGAAUCUUCUCUUCCUAAUGUUUCUGAUACAUCCAUAUCAGAAGGGUUUGUUGUUGUUGAGCCUACUCGUGGUCUUACAGUGAGUGACCUUCCUGUGGGAGGUGGUUUGUCAGGUCUCCCUCUGUCUGUAAGCAAUUCUGAGGCAGCUCUGCAUCCUGUAACUUCAGAUGCGUCAGAGAGUAGUAAUGCUCAUGAUUCUACCUUUUCAAAUGUGGAAUGUAAGCCUUCUGCUCCACCACUUCCGAGCUGUGAUGCUGAGGCUUUGCAUGCUGUAUCUUCUCCGAUUGCUUUGCAUGUAGGAAAUGCUGGGCGACAAGUCAACUUCAUGAGUCCCCCAAAGGGCUUAGAGCGUACGCCUUCUGCGGGUGACCGUAAUGUUGAUAACUCCAUUCUUCCAGUUGAAAGGAAAGCAGAUACUGCAUCUUCAAAUGUCACUGAUGUUUCUUGCGUGGAUGACAACUUGGGAAAGAAUGAUGUUAAAGGUAGUACAGGUGAUGUAUCUGUGGUGGCCAAUUCUCUUUCAACGAGUAAGAUAAAUGAAGGUACACACCUCGUUACUCCAUCAGAAAUUUUAUCAGGAGCUACAUCUUUAGCUGAGAAUACUCUUGUGACCCAAGAUCUGAAAGUUGAGGAGGUUAGGAUUCAAGAAGUUAUUGUUAACAAGGAUAUGGAUAGCUUGAAAUUGGGUGUCAAGGACAUAGUUGAGACUGGGACAAGUCAGCCUGGGGAAUUUUACAUCGACUCACCGGUUCUUGUAGAGGUCAUGGAAAAGCCCACCAGCUCACAGACUUCAGAAGCCAAGAUUGAAACAGACAAAGAGUGUUCUACUCUAAGAACUGAAACCAACAGCCUUGAAGUGCAAUCCCAUCUUGUUGAUGAUGUUGCUGUCAUUGAGGCAUUGGAACAAUCCUCAAAUAUUGGAGAUGAUGGAAUCCAAGAAUGCACCAAAGAUAUGGCUGUUAAGACCAGUGAAGCUUCUCCGGACACACCCUCACAAUCACUUUCAGCUACAAAAGGAAAGAAACAAAAAGGAAAGCAGUCACAAUCAUCAAUUCCAUCACCUUUUUCGAGCCCAUUUAAUUCCAUGGAUUCUUUUGAUGAACAAGGGAUUGUCUCAAGUGCUCCAUCAAUUGAUGCUGCUGUUUCUCAAAUCCAGUCAUUGCAGGAUUCCAUCAACCAGCUUAUGAUCAUGCAAAAGGAAAUGCAGAAGCAAAUCAGCACAGUGGUUGCAGUACCCAUCAAUAAAGAAUGCAAACGGGUGGAGACUGCCUUGGGACGAAGCAUUGAGAAAGUUGUUAAGGCGAACACUGAUGCUUUGUGGGCUCGCUUUCAAGAGGAGAAUGCAAAGCAUGAGAAGGUGGAGAGAGACCGUGUACAGCAGCUGACAAAUCUCAUCUCAAACUGCAUGAACAAAGAUCUUCCUGCUAUCUUGGAAAGGGCACUGAAGAAGGAGAUCUCAGCAAUCGGGCCAGUCUUAGCUCGCACAAUUACCCCUUUUAUUGAGAAAACAAUAUCUUCAGCUAUUGCUGAUUCAUUCCAGAGGGGGGUUGGGGACAAGGCAGUGAAUCAGUUGGACAAAUCUAUCAGUUCGAAACUUGAAGCUCAAGUAGCUCGGCAAAUUCAGACACAGUUUCAAACUUCUGGCAAGCAAGCUCUUCAGGAUGCUCUUAGAUUGACUUUGGAAUCCUCAGUUAUUCCUGCAUUUGAGCAUUCUUGCAAAUCGAUGUUUGAGCAAGUGGAUACAGCCUUUCAGAAAGGGAUGGCCGAGCAUACUGUUGCUGCACAGCAGCAGUUUGAGUCUGCACAUGCUCCUUUGGCUCUUACCCUUAGGGAUGCUAUCAAUUCUGCAUCAUCAAUGACCCAUAACCUGUCCACCGAGUUAGCUGAUGGUCAUAGGAAGCUUUUGGCUUUGACCACUGCUGGAAACUCAAAAACACCAAAUCCAAUGGGCAUCCAACAAACCAAUGGCCCUGGUAUUGUUCCUGAGAUGACUGUUCAACCUGUGGUCGAAGAUCCGACAAAGGAGCUGACUAGAUUGAUAUCUGAUCGAAAAUAUGAGGAAGCCUUCACCUUCGCUCUUCAAAGGAGUGAUGUUACCAUUGUAUCAUGGUUAUGUUCUCAGGUUGACAUUCGGGCGAUCUGUUCAAUGGUUCCACCCUUGAGUCAAGGCGUUUUGCUAGCUCUGCUGCAGCAGCUAACAUAUGACGUCGCGAAUGACACAUCUCGGAAACUCCAAUGGAUCACAGAGGUUGCCUCGGCCAUCAACCCUACGGACCCAUUGAUCGCAAUGCAUGUAAGACCCAUCUUUGAGCAGGUAUACAACACUAUGGCUCACCAAAGAUCUCUCCCAACUUCAAAUUCUGCCGAUGCCAGCUGCAUUAGGCUAAUUAUGCAUGUUAUCAAUUCUGUGUUGAUUGGCUGUAAAUGAAGUCAUUCACAUGGUGUAGUCUUCCUGUUUGUAUAGAAGAAAAAUAGGGUUUCAAAGCAAGGACCUUCAUUAAAGUUAGAGUUAUGGAGUUAUUGGUCUAGUGUAAAUUUAGGCUAUGUUGCUCUUGUUCUGUUUUCCAAGUUAAUUAGAGUUAUAAAAAACACUUGUUCUGUUGAGUUUCUUUGUAUUUGGUUUUGGUGCAAUGGUAUUAUCAAGUGAGAUGUUGUCAGUCUAUGUGCAGUUCUUUA